AUGCCGUCCAUCCUCAAGAACCUGGCGCUUCUCGCCCUCCUAGCCAACCUCAGCCUCGCCGCAACCUUUGCCCAAUUCUGCAACGACCUGCUCUGCAACGAAGGCUGCGGGAUCGCCGUCGACGUCAACAACCCAGGCUGCCUGACCCAAUUCGGCCGCAAGUCGAUCAAAUUCACCGGCAAGAACUUCAACACCGUCAAUCUCAUCGCCUCGCCAGGCUCGACCUGUGACUGUCAGACUUAUUGUGAAGGAGCCAUUGUGCAGAACGCGAUUUUCCAGCAGGACAACUGCUUUGUUAUCAGGAGUGAUCCUGUGGCACAAUCGUUCCGCUUCAUCGAUGGGGGAUGUCCGGAUGAUCAGUGCUGA